UAGGACCGGGAUCUCGAUAUUUUAAUCUUGCUCUAAAUUCCAUGGAUACCAAUCUUUUUAUUGAUUUCACUUCAUUUUUCUUUAGUGUAAUUUUAUAAUUUAUAAUAAAAUGUCAAAUAUCUUUUAGAGUUGUGACUGAUACUCCUUGUAUCGUGGUACUUCUUACAACAGAAAAACUAAGGUUCAAUCAUGGCUAUUCGAAAUGGCAAAUCCAUUGACAGAAAUCCGUUAAUUUGUGCGGCAGGAAAAACCUUUGGCAAUAAAGAGGAAAGUGUUGCAGCUUGUUUACAGGAUUACCGUUUAGAUUCUCAAGUAGAUGCUGUAUUACACGAUUGGGGAGUAUAUGAACAUAAACUGUCAAUUAACUAUAAGUUACCAAAACUUCGAAAUUUUCGACAUGCAGGUGUCUAUAAUGAGGUAAGGGAAGCAGUGGGGCCACCGGCUAAAACAAGAUACGAAACACUGAUAAAUGAUCUAAAAGAAACAAGUUAUGAAUCAUAUUGGAAUAAACUUGAGGGACGCUCCCAGGAUCCUAUUGCAGGACUUCCCACAGGAAUGGAUCCAACACUGACAACGUACGGGAAACCGACCAAUAGAACAACUCCUGUCAAAGAACUUGUUAAUCCACCUAAAAGUACUUACCAGGUACUAUGGGAUAGUCAAGUUGGUCAUGACAUGUACAUCAAGACUCAUAACGACUAUAACCCUGGAGAGCAAAGGCAUCGCAGAUAUUUAACACCAGCUUUCGAUGCUAAUAAGAGGUUUGGAAAACGAUGUUACUAUGAUCAAAGGGGUAUUUGGGUAAAAUGCGCUUGUAACUGGUGUAACACAAAUCCAAUUGUGGCAAGCAACUGCAUACAAGCCGACGUAAAAGCUCGCACACAACCACAACCUGGGCAAGUUUUAUCACCCAAUAAUAACAUAACAGCCGUUCCAAAAGGGCACAUGUUCGGAAAACCAACAGCCCGCGACUUUUACAGUGUAGAAGAACUGUUAAAGGAUGCGAAUUGCCCCCCUUGCAUGUUUAAGCGCGAUUUUCAUCAGUGGAUGAUCUACUUAAAUCAAUUGCGAAUGUUUCUCAAGAAACGUUUCAACAAAUUCAAUUUUAGUCUUCCCGACUUUCAUGACCACGUCGCAUAUUAUGAUAAGCAACACACAGGAUGGGUUCCGCUGAAAAUAUUCUAUGCAAUGUGCGAAUGUCACGGAUUAAAAUAUCAGUACACGUGCCUGGAACCGUUUUUUCAAUUUUGCGGCGUUAUAGAAAACGGAAACAUCAAUUAUAAUGAUUUCGUAUAUCUGGCAGAUUUGAAUAAGUCAGUGCCUGAAAUAAUAAAGAUUGAAGACAUUCCGGAGGGUAGCAAGUAUUAUUUAUCCACUCAGCAAUCGGCAGUUUGUGAUGCUAUGUCAAUGGAUAAUAGCGGAAUGAGAGUAGCGGGACUUCCGAGCGUUCGAUAUGAUCGUCUGUAUCCGGUCGUGCCUGCCGGAGGGUGUGGUGCGGACUUAGACAACUUGGGUGAUGAGACAACAGCUGAAGGGGUUAUCAACCCCAGUAUUUAUUCAAAUUAUGGGUUGAGUUACAGAGAUUUUUUUAUGCCGAGAUCACCUGAAGUAAUUAAAAAAAUUUUUACCAGCAUUGGAUACGAAUUCCCGAAUGACACAUUUGAGAAGUUGUGGGAAAUUGGCGUGGAAAGGGAUAAAACUGGGGGAGUUUGCGUGGACACUUUUAAAAGUAUAUUGAACAAAGCUAUAAUAUCCCCCAAAUUAAUUGUUGAAGAUCAUUGCCUUUGACAUGUAAUUCUUUGUAAUAAAAUUCCCUCACAUUUGUGGUACCAACAUAUGGCAUCUGUAAAGGCCAAUCUUCCAAGACGUGCGUCUAACCCGUCACUGCAGGCUGGGAGAGCCAAAGACAGCGUUAAAAAGAAGGAAGCAGUGCAAUCCAUCCGGCAGGUCCUGAGAAUAUAUCCCCACCCUACCCGACCACAUCCAUUCGCUAGUGGAAAGGUGCUUGAGAAACGUGACAAUAAAAAGUUACACUGUAAUUACUUUGGGACCCUUGCUCUCGCUGGCGGCACUCAAGAACGAGCACCCUAGAGGAGUGCUGCAGAUGUAGCAAAAUCAAGAUAAACCACAAAAUAUCUUAAAGCAGUAGAAGCCCAUAGCUAUAGAGCUGCUAAGGUCGCUAAGGAAGGACUCAUUCCUUCGAUUUUCAUGACCAACUUCACUGGAGGCGAAUCCUAAAUGUGUAACCUUUUUCUGGGCGAAUAUUGCAAGAGCGAAUUUACUUAUUGUAGUUAG